AUGCGAAAGAUAGCCAAAGAACUGGAGGUCAGCGAAAAAAGCGUCCGAACCAUCGUGAAAAACAAGUUGGGACUUCGUUCUUACAAGAUCAAUCGCCUCCACUUCCUCAAUGACACAAUGAAGCAGAAAAGAUUGAUAAAAGCUCGGCGGAUGCUUCGCUUGACCGCUGGUGCUCGCCUUUCGAAGGUUUUCUUUACCGAUGAGAAGAUCUUCACCAUCGAACCCACACAUAAUCGUCAAAAUCAUCGCCAACUGCUUAAGAAGGUUCAGAAGAAGACCGCUGCUGCAAAAAUCAUCGGACACAGUCACUUUGCAGCCUCCAUAAUGGUCUGGGCUGGCAUUUGUGCCACUGGGGCGACGCCGCUUGUUUUCAUUGACAGAAAAGUCAAAAUUAAUGCUGCGAUUUAUCAGCAGCGGGUUCUAUGCGAUGUACUGAGGCCAUGGGCAACAGAACACUUUGGCCAAGAUACAUUCACACUCCAACAAGACUGGACUCCUGCGCAUUCGGCUCGAUCAACGAUUGCCAUCUGCAAAGAUCUGUUCCCAGGUUUUUGGGGCAAGGAUGUUUGGCUCCCUAACUCACCGGACCUCAAUCCGAUGGAUUACUCGGUGUGGUCAAUCUUGGAGGAAAAAUUCUCAGGAAAACGAUACGCCACAGUCGACAUGCUCAAAACGGCUCCGAGGCGUGCCUGGAAUGAGAUACCGGUGGAUGCGUGCGCGAGCAUCGUCGGCAAUUUCAGACUGCGACUCCGUAAAUAUAUUGAAGCCCAAUCAGCCAAUUUUGAACAAUUGCUAUAA